AUGGAAGUAGACAAGGAGUUUGAGAUCGACCUGGAAGGCUCUCAGACCCUGAGGCUGCUCUGCUACGAGAAGUGUUACAACAAGACCAAGCAGAACAAAGAGGAUGGAGAGAGCUCAGACCGCAUCAUGGGGAAAGGACAGAUCCAACUUGACCCUGCAUCUCUCCAAGGCAAAGACUGGCAGAGAACAGUUAUUCCAAUGAACGGGAUCGAGGUUAAACUUUCAAUAAAGUUCACCACCCGAGAGUUCAGCCUGCAGAGGAUGCCCUCCCGGAAACCAAUGGGCGUGUUCGGAGUCAAGAUCUCCACCGUGACCAAGCGAGAGCGCUCCAAGGUGCCCUACAUCGUCCGGCAGUGUCUAGAGGAGAUUGAGAGGAGGGGGAUGGAGGAGGUGGGCAUCUACCGAGUGUCAGGAGUGGCCACUGACAUUCAGGCCUUGAAGACCGCAUUUGACACCAAUCACAAAGACGUGUCAGUGAUGAUGAGUGAGAUGGAUGUCAACGCCAUCGCUGGGACCUUGAAGCUUUACUUCAGAGAGCUGCCAGAGCCGCUCUUCACUGAUGAUCUCUACCCUAACUUUGCAGGCGGCAUUAAUCUGUCUGACAGUGUUGCCAAAGAGAGCUGCAUGUUGAACUUACUGCUGUCACUGCCGGAGCCCAACCUGGUCACAUUCCUAUUCCUGUUGGAUCACAUGAAGAGGGUGGCAGAUAAGGAGAGCAUCAACAAGAUGUCUCUCCACAACUUGGCGACAGUUUUCGGACCGACCUUGCUGAGGCCUUCCGAGAAGGACAGCAAGAUCCCCGCAAACCCCACCCAGCCAAUCAGCAUGGGGGACAGCUGGUCCCUGGAAGUCAUGGCGCAGGUCCAGGUGUUGCUGUACUUCCUCCAGCUGGAGACGAUCCCCACCCCGGACAGUAAAAGACAGAGCAUCCUCUUCUCCACUGAAGUAUAGAGCUAAUAUUGACUCUGAUUCUUUGACCAUGGAGGAGAGAAACGAGACGGACCGUGGCUCAAAGUGAGCCUAUAGUAGGAUGUUUUUUAAUUGACUGACCAGACUCUUGCAGAUGGAAAAGAUUGUCUCUGGUGAUGCCUGCCCUCCUCAAACACAAGAGGGCGCCAUUGGACCUCCGAACCUCUGAGGAUGCGAGGGUGUUCAUAUCUCUCAUUACAUGAUAUUUAGUAAGAUUCCUUCAUUGACUACAUUCACCAUCUACAUUUCUCCACCACGCUCUUUGUUGGUCUUUACAGCUUUAACGCAAUUGUGGUUCAAAAAUCAAGAUCAAUGUCAGUCCAUAAGAGAAGAAAACACGUCUUUCCUGAUCCUUGAAUUAGUUUGCCAUCAAAUCUGAAUUUCCAUGUAAGUUUGUGUUUGCGUUGUUCUCUAUCUGUGUUUAUUUUGGACAAUCAUCUACUCAAGACUUGUCAUUGAUCCAUCUCGAACAUUGCUUCAUUUCCUGAUGAGGUCAAUCCUAACUGUGUCUUACAUCAUCUCAGCCCAUUGUUUCUGAGAAAGACAAGAGAACACAUUUAUAGGAGUUGACGAUCGGCGCGAUACUGGCUUUCGUUCUUUGGGUGAAGAAGCCAACACCUGUAUGGUUUAGUGUUUACAACGUAAACAAACCCAGAUGGGAGUCGGAGACAAAUGCUACAGCUUGAAGAAGAACAAAAAAAGGAACCUGAUGAUUAGUAAUACACUGCAAUCUGACUGACUGCGGUUUUUACGACCAUAAAAGCAAAAUGUCCUCUAUUUGUGUUGUUUGUGUCUCAAGGUAGUCUUCAGCUUGAAUACCCAGGAAGCAAUAUAUUUUCUAACAUAGGAAGUGUCUGUGUUCAUAUCGUUGCUGAGGAAAAGUCCUUCUUACUGUAACAUAGGACAUCUUGCCAAAAGUAAUAUGUUUUUUGUUUGUUUCUAGACAAAAAAGGAGGCGGUUGUAUUUACAGAUACAGUAUGUACAUAAUCUUAAAUAUUUCUUUCUUUUUGUUUAACAGUAUAAUCAUUGAUGCUAUUAUUGUAAUUUAUUUUGGGGGGGGGAAGGGGUCGGUUUGUUUUUCUAUGUGAGCUCUUUUUCUGUUUUGAUUCUGAAAGUGGUAGGUCUUAGCCUUGACUUUGAGUCUUGCAGUAAAUAAGCAGGAUUUAGCCUUGUUCUUAUAGAAACUACUCAGCUGUUCUGUCCAGCCUCUUGAUUAUUCAUUUAGAUAUUAUUAUUGAAGGUAACACACACAUUGUAGUUACAUACUGUAUGCUGCUGUGGAAAAGGCACAAGCUCUUUAACGGCUGGGUGUUCCUCGGCAAAAAAAAACGUCUCGCAUCCAGAGACCGUCGCCUGUCUAGUGUAGACAAUAUGCAAUGUCAUAAUAGAGCACACACACUCACACACAUAUGACAUUGUCUCAUGUUGUACCAUUUAAUCAUUGGCUGCAGAAGUGCACUCACGCAAUGUUAGAAACUACUGUAUUACAAUUGAAGUGACCUGAGCACUCUGCAUUUAUGUCCAAUGAAGAGCAUAUCUGUUGGUUUUUAUGAAGGAAUAUUAAUUUUGUUUCAUCUUCUCCUGAACGGCGAAAUGUCCUUAUAAUCCUUUGUCCCUUUCAAUGUUCUUCAUACGGUGAAGCAUGAAGGUGUCCAACUAGAUGACCAUUUUAAAAAAGAAAGCUCUUAAGAUGUGUUUUUGAUUCUAAAAAGUACAUAUUUCUCAUUUUGAUUUCAGUUUCCUAGAUUUAACAUGCAGGCAUGUUUUAUUGUUUUGUUUUUUAUUUUUGUGUUAUUGCUGUCUUUUUCACAGUUGUGUCAUCAUGUGGGAUGUUUGUAACUCGUGAGUAUCUGGUUUACAUUAUCGCAGCAUAUCCUUCUCAUGCCUAGGGUAAAUAUCACGGUUGUUCCUCUCGAAUAUCUUAGAUAUAAAACUAUAACCGUUUGAACAGUUAACUGGAUCUGAUAAGGGCUUGUGUCCAUGUUUGAGAUGACUUAUGGGAGUCAAUGUUAUUGAUAACACAUUUUAAGUUAACAUAAAUGUCUUUGGACUUUUUAAGGCAAGAGAAGUCAUUCUCAGAUACAUAUCAACUCUCUAAAUCUUAAGUCACUCGAUAAAUAAAUAUACAUAAAACAUCAUUAUAUCAACCCAAAUGAUGUUAAGCUUUUAUUCUGAAAGUCUUCAUGCCUUCAGUCCCUUUAUGUACUUCCACACGUUUUGGCCUACUGUAGCAUGCUCACAUUGUUUCAUCAUCUAUAUGUCAGGAUGUGAGACACCGGGUGAAUCCACCACUCAUUCAUUCGUCUGUCACCCUUUAAAACAAGUCCCGAUUGCCUACCCUAUCGUGCCUCGACACUUUUUUUUUGUUUGUUAAGCGCCUGUGGUACUCUGAAACGUUGUUCAGUCUCCUGUUGCCUUUGCUGAGGACAGCCACACACCUUCCAUCUCUUAAAGACUAAGACAGGACCUUAACCUUAAGCACGGUCUUAGCUCAUACUGUACAUGCUCUACUGUCACCUUCAUCGUACUGUGAUGCUGUCAUUUUAAAAAGUCAGUCUUAAAACAUUUUCGUCCUUGUUUUGGCUCUUAAACUUUCAGCUCCUUUGAAUGCCUUUUAAUCUAAUUUAUUUAUGUUUUGUCCCUGUUUGGUAUAAGAAGGUCUCCUAGUUCUAUUUAUUUAUGAUACAAUAUCAUCUGAAGCUAUAUUAAUGUAUAUGGUGUGCUUUCUUUGGGAAAACGUACGUCUUAUUUUACUGUUUGUUGAUAUUUUGUCCCAGAAUCACAACCCCUCCAAACACCUACGAAAGCCCAUUUCUCAUCUCUGUAGUUUGACGUGUUGUACAACUUGUUGUACAGACUGCCCACUGUGAGUGUUUAGCUAUUUGAUUAAAUAACUGAAUAGCAGAUGCAGGUUCUUGUCAAUUGAAAAAGGUAGAUUCACAGAAUUCAAACUUCUCUCAUUUUCCACAAAGUUGUAUAAUAUGUAUUAUACUAGAGAGUACAUUAUCUGGUUUCCGUUAUUAUUUAUUUUGGCGUCCGCUGACGUAUGAUCGUCAAGAGUUGAGCCGGUACGCCUCUAGUCUCUUUGAAAAGACAAGCUGUCAGUGUAUGGUAGAGGAGAUAAGAGUCUUAUAUUGCUCUAAAAUCUGCAUUGUUUUUGGUCUGUUGAUUGUCAGUGUAACUGCAUGUACCCUCCAUAACCUCAGUCCCUCUGUACAUGAAAAAGUAAAUACAACAAAAAAGGUUUAAUUUAUCUGUUGAAUAGCCUGAAGAUGUGGAACAUAUUGCUCUAUAUGAAAGUCCUCCUCCAUUUAUUGCAUAUGGUAAUUAUCACAUUCCCAUAAUACUGUCAAAUGACCCUCUGCUGCCACUUCUACGCCACCAGACUUACAUUAAGUUAGACUCCCUGACUCUUUGGAAAUAUACCCGUUUUGAUUUUAUUUGGCACACAAUGUUAAGCUGAGAAUGAAACUUGCUGACCAACCACAAACACUUUCUCUUUACCUUCUGCGAUUUUUGAACUCUUGUUCCUCUUGUUCAAUAUUCAGUGUUCUGCUUGUAGAACUGUAACAAAGGAAUACUGUAUUCUGAGGGAAAACAUGUUUGGAAGGCAUUUGCAGCCUAUGUUUGUACACAAAAAUGUUAAAUAAAAUCUCCUUGUAUCUACAUAGAA